UCUUGUGUUGUGUUGUUGUUGUCGUUGCUAUAGCAACAGACAUAGCGCCUCACUCUACUGAGGAACUUCAGAGAAUGCAGUUAAUAUUUUUUAUGCAUUUAAACAGCAUAAUUUUUUAAUAACGUUAUCUUAUUUGGCAGUGUAUAAUGCGUAAUGCGCGGUCCGCGUCGCGAGGUACCGGCAGUGAUGCCGCAGUGGUGCUGCUGCGCGCGCUCUGGAAAAGAUACGAGCAUCACUGCACCCAGACUGACAGCUGUCCCUGCACACUGCUCAAACAAGAAAUUCUCCUGAACAUCGAAAAGCAACAGACUCUAAAAAAGAUUACACUGUCAUUUCCAGAUGACACACCAUCAGACACCGUUUUGCCAAGCCUCCAGCCCCUGUUAAUGGCUUUACGAGACGAACGUUACACACACGUGGAAGAGUUAAACAUCUGGAAACUGUCUCUUGAACAAAAAGACAUAGUUGAGCUGUGUCUUCUGUUGGAGAGGGGGGGAAGAACAGUGUAUCCCAUCAGAUUACUGGAGCUCCUCGAUUGUAAACUCAAUGACUGGUGUCUGGAAAGACUCGGAAAGGCUGUGAAGAGCAGCUUUAUCACCACGCUCUGCCUGGACUACACACGCAUGAGUGAAGAAGGGUUGAAAGGUCUGCUCCUUGGUGGUUUGGGGGCCAGUCAAGUACGAUCCUUGAGUUUGUGUUAUUGUGGUUUGGGAUCGUGGAGCGGAACUGUGCUAGCUUCACUCUUCACCAAAAGUUCAGUGAGGGAGCUCUUCAUCGAUGGCAAUGAGUUGCAGUGUGGGGGCGCCACUGAGCUACUUAGACCUCUUGCUGAAAAAAGCCAGAAAAUGGCAGAGACCCAAAACAUGACCAUAUCCAUCACAGAUGACGCUGAAUUGAAGCCACAGAGCAAUAUGAAGUCUUCCGUGCAAAGGAAAUCAGCACACAAAGGGAAGAAGACAAAGAAGAGAAGAGCACAAAACAAAAGCCAUCCUGAGGUGAAGGGGGGACCCUGGCUAAAAAAGCUGCACAUCUUUGAUAACUCUAUUGAUGACCAGGAGCCAAACCAGCUAAAGCCAUUAAUGGAGCUCAUCUGCAUUCUGGUGAAGUUCUCCAGUGACCUGACCGAACUGGACCUUGGUGAGAAUCACAUCGGAGAAGCUGGUGGGAAAGAGCUUUUGGAGUCCCUGAGAGAGAGGAAAGCAGCUAAACUCUCGGCAAUUCAAAUUCAAGUCUCAACACGGAUGUCCACAGAAACGUUCCGUGCCAUUUUGAAAAGUUCAAAGGAGCUUAAAUCUGGAAAAAGGAAACGACAGAAGAUGGUACAGUUUGCAGUAUUGAAGAGUUCAUUUGCGGAAACAGAUCACUCUGUUUUGAAAAAUGUUUAAAAGAACAUGUUUUUUAUUGCGCAUUCCAAGUAAUAUCAAUCCAACUGCAGUUGGGUUGUUUUGAUUAAGUAAUAAUAACUCAAAAAAUACAGGUAACUAACUAACACAAUAAGACACAAUAAAAACAAGAUCUUUGAUUUUGAUUAAAAAUGCAAGUGUCUGUUUUUGCAAAGAAACUCUUCAUUUUCAGAUAAUGAAGCAUUUAAGAACAAAAUGAUGCAUGAUCUUAAAAGUAUUUGGACACUUUGUUUGUCAAUUCCCAUCCCAGAUCUCCUAACAGUGUCACCACAGUUAAUCAUAUUUUCUGUGAAGUUGUUCCUCUGAUGUUUUACAGCCAGAAAGUGACCAAAUACUUUUCAUAUUGACAUAUAAAAGUGUCAUUGUGAAUGUUUCUUUUUAAAAUAAUGCCACGUGUUGGAGUUUUUUAUCUAAUGCAAUAAUAAGCACAUUUUUAUUUGUGACUUAUGUCAUUAUAUUGUUAUGGUUGUGGUAGUGAAUUUCUGUCAGCUAUGCUAAUACUCUUUUGUUUUAUCAUUUCUAAAGGGGAAAAUUAAGUAGUUCUGGAUCUCUCUGGGGGUCUUUACAUGAAUGAUGCAGAUGGACUUUGAAAGGUUGUUUCUGGUUAAAUAAAAUGUUUUCUCAGACUAUUUCAUUGUGUUUUUAACAUGUUCCAAACGUUUAAUGUGGAAUUGUGUUUGACAACAGCAGUGCACCAGACAGCAGAUUUCUGAAUUAUUCUUUUGUCAUCAGUGGAGCUCUGAAUCACCUUAUUCUGUUUCCCCAUUGAGAGCGCAGUUUGCAUGAGGAUGUUUGUUUUUUCAGCACUUUU